UGGAGGAGUACACGUGUCAAAUGCUGGCGGAGUAGACGUGUCAAAUGCUGGAGGAGUAGACGUGUCGAACGUUGGAGGAGUACACGUGUCAAAUGCUGGAGGAGUAGACGUGUCAAAUGCUGGAGUACACGUGUCAAAUGCUGGAGGAGUACACGUGUCAAACGCUGGUGUCAGAGAGCGAAAAGCUGACGUGGAAGACUUCGUAUAUGCUGUAGGACUGAGCGGAUUGGAUUUGGCGCGCAGCAACCGAGCGGCAGGUACUUGCGUGUGUGUGGGGGGGGGAGGGAGGAGAGGGGGACAGGAGAGGAGGAGGAGGAGGAGGAGGAGGUGGUAGGGGGGCGUGGGGAAGAUCGUUGUGACGGGAGAUAUGGACGGGAGGGAGGAGUCGCCGGUUGGGGUCGGGAUGGGAACGGCGGCUGGUGGCGAUGAGGAUGCCUAUGUGGCGGUCGACGUGGCAGAAAUAUCCAGUCUGGAUGACGUGGCAGUCGGUCAUGGACCAGCGAGAAACGACCACAGACUGCGAAGGCUGGCCAGGACAGCUUCUGGCUCGUCGUUCUCCGGCCCAAAGGCUGACAUGCAUCAUUCGAAAUCAUUCACGACACUCUCCCUUCUCCGCCAGGUCGGACUGCAAAGGGGCAGCAGCCCAUCACUGCAUCCCAGUCAUAGCUGUGAUGCGGGGGGAAGCAGUCUAAGUGAGGCUCUCACAGGAGGGGAUUCCCUGCCUGCUGGCUCUGAUAGUGGGGUCUUCCAGAGGCCCUCUACGACGACAGAGGAGGCUUCCUCAAGCCGGUGGCGGUACGUCAGAGAGCUGAGUGCAGUGCAGGGAAGUGCGACAAAUGCACUUGCAGUUGCAAAACGACUGUUUAAUGCCAACAGCUUAUCGCGUCAUGGAAGCUUUCACCGCUUAAGCGGGGAUGUUCUUGUCAUAAGGCGGGUUGGCGAUACUCCAGCUGGGAGUCAUACCCCAGGGAACGAGCUGAUGACAGAUUGCGAUGGAAAGCCCUUGCCUGGAGCACCGCUUCACGUCCAUGCUCAGGAAACUGCGCCCAUGGCCGCUGGAGGUGUUGGCGAUGAAGAAGAAGGUGGUCGCCCUUCUAUGUCCUUGGUCACCGAAGAGGAAGCGUCGCUUAGCGAGGCCGCCCGAAGUGCGGACGGGAUUUCACCGGAAAAGACUGAAGGGAAAUCUGGAAAGCUUGAUGGCGGAAACAGACAAAAACUGACGGACUCCGAGGGAAAGGAGGUGGAGGAGCAAGAGAUCCCCGUCGAAGAGGCUGUGUGUCGCAUAUGUCAUUCGGAGCUGAAUGAAGGUGGGGAGGCGUUCAAGCUCGAAUGCUCGUGCCGAGGAGAUCUGGCCCUCGCGCACAAGGACUGUGCUGUAAAAUGGUUCAGGCUCAAGGGCACAAGCACUUGUGAGGUCUGCAAAAAUGAUGUUAAGAAUCUCGUUGUUGAACUACAGCGGCGAGCGAAUCCGAACGACACAAUGGAAGACGAUGUAGUCACGCGGCAGAGGGCUAGAGUGGAGGUCUCUGGGUUAAUGCUCACCAGCAUGCCUGCCUAUUUUUGCUAUUUCGAGCGCCUAGUGUCACAUGCUUCCAAGGAUGGAAAUCGCCCGCUUUUGAUCAGCCUCCCUUUGGGUUGCCUUGUCGGUAUUGCGUCAACCAUGGUCGCCCAGUCAGCCGCUCCUUCUCACAUGUGGGCAUACGCUGGACUUCAGUUCUUGCUCAUUGUGGCUUGUACAGUCGCACUCGAGAAGCGUACAGAUUUCAAUCCAUCUGUCGUAGUGAUGCUUGGAUCAUUGGCGGGGAUGGGUGUGGCGUUUUUCUUAAGGUGUGUUGGUAAAGAGGUUUAUUUCCUUACGCGGGGGCGACCACGAGCUCGAGAAUCGAGGGAGGAGGCAUCACAGACUGCUUCUGACAGAGAGGUUAUAACAGAGCCAGUGGAAGUGCGGCCAACGUCUCCCCCCCCGGCUGGCCGAGCUCGAUGGAAUGGCUUGGCGAGAGGGAGCAGAGAAAUUCUUGCAUCCAUGCGUCAGCAAAGACAUGAGGAGGGCAUGAGAGCGGCCGCGACCGUCGUACCGAGCAACGCACGAUCUUCUCGCCCUGGCGGUCAGUCUGAGGGGCAGCAACUGCAACCAUCCUAUGGACCGUUUCCAGAAGGCUUCACCAUGUGCGGCAUUUGCUCUCUGCGCGCACUGGCAUUUCUUCAUAUGCUUCGAAUCGCUCCUGGCACUUUCAUCAAAGAUUGCGAUUGCGAUUGCAAUAGCAAUUGCGAUGGCGGUAUUGCAAUCGCAAUCACAAUUGUGAUUGCUGUAUUGCAAUCACAAUCGCAAUCGCAAUUGCGAUUGUGCUUGCAGUAUUGCAAUCGCUUCUGCAGUGACAAUUGCAAUAGCAAGUGCGAUUGCGAUUGCGAUUGCGAUUGCAAUUGCAAUUGCGAUGGCAAUGACAAUUGCGACUGCAAUAGCAAUUGCAAUUGCGACGGGUGGUAAGCUCCAAAAAAUCUUCUAUUGUUCUUUUGUGUCUUGUAUACUUGCAUUCCAACCAGCCAUCCCUCCAUGACCCAAAGCAUCUUCCCCUCUUUGCUGUCUUUUCUGUCCAAAUGCAUAGAUGUCACCAUACAUAAAUGCACUUGCAUUAUAUGUACAUACACAUUCCUACUUGUUGUUCUGACCUUCUCCUUCUCCUCCUCCUCCUCCUCCUCCUGGUGCUGCUGCUGCUGCUAGCUUUUCUUUCUGGACGAUUACAUGCUCUCUGCAUUGUCCUCUAUCCCACUACCAUAGUCGUCUUGUGUAUGUUUCUGCGAAUCGCUUGCACUAUCAUUCAUUUGGCCGGCGUUGUGGCGUCUAUUAGAAAGAAUCCUGCUGUGCAGAGUUGCCGCGCUACGGCACUCUGCAGCUUGUUCCAGCUGUAAACCUGGUACCAACUGUAGACCUGGCCUAGCUUUAGACUCAGUUGUCCGGCUUGCUUGCACUCUCACUCGUUUGCACUGACGACCAUCCACUAGAAUGAAUCCUGUUGUGCGGAGCUGCGCAAUCUACGUUAGUCCGCAGCUUGUUCCAUCUGUAAACCUUGUGCCAACUGUAGACCUGGUACCGGUGGUAGACCCAGUGCCAACUGCAGACCUGGUACCAGCUGUAGGGGACUGUCAAUCUCUGCGAUAGGUGAGCCAUCAGUGCCUUAAAUGCCCUUUGAACUCAGCGACAUAGCAAGGCUAGACUGGGAAGGGAGGUUUGCCGGCAGCACCGAGAGGGUUGGCUAUGGUGGGCGGGAGCCGGAGAGCUCGUUCAUAGCGAACUACCGGUAGGCACUUGGCUAUGGCAGACAGCAGCCAGAGAGCUCGUUCAUGGCAAACUGGGCACCGACAACUUAGCGUUGCGAGUGCACUUAUAGCCAGCCUUCAGGCUAUAGCUAUAGCCGACCCUGUCCCAGGCCUAAGCCGUAGCCAAGCCUAUCCCAGGCCUAUAGGCAUAGCCAACCCUGUCCCAGGCCUAAGCUGUAGCCAAGCCUAUCCCAGGCCUAUAGCCAUAGCCGACCCUGUCCCAGGCCUAAGCUGUACUGAAGCUUAUCCCAGGCCUAUAGCCAUAGCCAACCCUGUCCCAGGCCUAAUCCGUAGCCAAGCCUAUCCCAGGCCUAUAGCCAUAGUCAACCCUAGCCCGAGUCCAUUUCAUAGGCGGACCGGAUUCUCAGAGCUUGGCGUUGCAGUGCACUGAGCUGGCACUGCGGUCAAUAGCCAACUGAACCUCCAGACCUAUAGCUAUAGUCAAUUCUAUUCCACUUGGUUGUGCUAUAUUCCGCUUCCGCUGCUGCGUCGUCUGCUUGCAGCUUGUUCUGACUGUAAACCUAGUGUGCUUGCUGUAGACCUGGUGCCAAUUGUAGACCUGGCACUUACCGUAGACCUGGGCCAAAGAUGUGGUACCAACUGUAGACUUGGUGAAUGUGACGAAGACAGAUCCGAUCUCGUUGAAAAAGACACAGGUGACCUUUCGCGAAACCAGCCCGCCAAGCGAGUGGCUUUGCGUUGCUGUAUUGCUUUCCAGGUGUGAACUGCGUAUCAUCCAGGUGCUUUGACCUUCAACCGCCUUGUUUUAGCUGUAGACCUGGUGCGAUCUGUACCCCUGCGCCUCAUUAGAGCUGCAGACCUGGUACGAACUGCAGACCUGGUCCAAGCUCCAAACCUA